CGGGGAAACGUCACGUAGCGCUGCACGCAGGGCUCGAAGGAGCCUUCUCUUCCCUCGCGGCGACUCCCACGCAGGUUACACGCGCUAACACAACGCGGUGCGGGCGCGAGGGCGCGGAGAUAAUGACAUCAUUUCGGGGCUCGCGAGGCAGCGGGGCGAGGCGGCAGCGCGUGAGCAAAGCGCAGCGUCCAGCCCGCCACGGCCGCAACUCUCUGCGAGGGAAGGAGUGUCUGUCACGUAGACAUCCCAGUGAGAAACGGGAUUCAGCACCACGGAGAGCGCCCACCGAGGGAUAUGGGACAGAGCCAUCAGACGGGGCAAAGCGUGGAGGAAAUAGAUGUUGCAGACCUGCAGAAAAUGUACAGAAAGUUUGUAACGGAAUGCCCCAGCGGUGUCUUAUUUCUCCAUGAGUUCAAAAAAUUUUUUGGGAUCGAUCCAACAGGGGAAGCAUCUGAGUACGCCGAGAGCAUGUUCAGAGCCUUUGACAAGAAUGGGGACAACACUAUUGACUUUUUGGAAUACGUGGCUGCCUUAAACCUUGUUUUCAGAGGGAGUCUAGAGCACAAGCUGAGAUGGUCUUUCAAAGUAUAUGAUAAGGAUGGGAACGGAUAUGUGGACAAAAGUGAAGUCCAGGAAAUUGUUGAGGUUUUUUAUAGAAUAAAAAGAACCUCAGGAAGAGAACCCAGCUGUCAACAGCUCACAGCAGCGGAAGUUUGUGAAAGAAUAUUUCAAGUAGUAGAUUCAAAUGGGGAUGGGCAAAUUACACUGGAAGAGUUUAUUGAAGGUGCACAGAAGGAUCAAUGGGUUAUGAACAUGUUGCAGCUGGAUAUGAACCCUUAUGCCUGGGUAAAAGAACAAAGAAGAAAAAGUGCUAAUUUCUGAGACGCCAUCAGAGUGGCAAAGCAACACCCCAUGAAUGCCUCUUCAGUUUGGAUCCUAGUAAUGUUCAUUUGAUGGAACAACCAAGACAUUUGUGCCAAGUAUCAUAGACCAGAAACUACUCCCUAGAAAUUACUUUCCAAAAAAUACUGAAUACUGGAUUGCAAAUGAAGGUAAAAACUGUCAAGUACUAUCAGUAAUGACAUUUAAAAAGAAGUUAAGAUUUUAAAAAUAAUUACAAAUGCACAAAAAAUGUCAAAAUUACCCUUAAUUAAUCACAGUUAAGUUAAAGGUGACCCAAUUUUCCCUGAUUUUUGCCCUGAAGUAUCCUCUUUCAAUCCUUGCUCUCUGCAUCUCUCUCCUGUUGUACAAUAUCGGUCAAACACUUCAUGUAAAAUGAUUUUUCUGUCAAUCUUUUUUCUUCCUUCAGGUUAACUCAAGAAAAAAAUAAUUAUAAUAUAAUCUAGAAGUAUCCCCUAUGAAAACCAUGUAAA